GUGAUCCGCGCAAAGCAUCCAAAAGGUUGCUGAAAAGAGAGAGAAAGGAAGAGGGAAGAGAGUGUUCGCUUCAAGACGUUAUCGGACCUCAAAUAUCCAAUUCGCCGGAAUUUGGGAAUUCUGUUCGUGUCCGGACUAGGUUUUAUACUUCUGUUAAGGAAACAAAGAGAGAAAAUCGUAGUCGUUCGUUUCGCAAAGACUAGUAUUUUGAAAUUUUUUCUUUUUUUUCCUUUUUUUUGUUCGGUUCGGUGGAAAUUUUGGGUUACUGGGUUAGGUUCCUACUGUGUUAUGUUCUUCACUGUUCAAUUUUUAGGGUUUUCUAUUGGUGAAAGGUGUUUCAUUUUCUGAAACUGAAUAGGGUUUUCGAAUUCCAGGCAAAAUUCCAAUUAGACUUUCUGGUGAGCGGUUGUGCUUAUGAAGUUGAAUUUUCGAUCUGUGGUAUUGGGUCGUGACAAGAGGUUAUUGUGGAAAGUUUCGUGAUGUUUACUCCUCAAAAGGUGUGGUCGGGUUGGUCUCGAACGCCGAGAACCGGGGCCCAGAAGAGUGGAACUGGGUCGGGUUUGAACCAGAAUUCGGGCACUCCGAAUUCGAACUCCGGUGAUGGGGUCGUUGCGAAAGGGAAAGGUGUUGCUUUUGCCGAGGCCGUGACGCCGCCGCCUUUGGUAGUUGAGAAUGGUGGAAAGAUUCUGGUAGGUGGUUCGGGCGACGGAUCCUUGGACCGGGAUGGGUUGGCUCGGAGGAUUUCAGAGCUCGAAAACGAGCUUUUUGAAUAUCAGUACAAUAUGGGGCUUCUUUUGAUUGAGAAAAAGGAGUGGGAUUCAAAGCUUGAUGAACUUAGGCAAGCAUUGGUGGAAGCGAAGGAUGCAGUUAAAAGAGAACAAGCAGCACAUUUAAUUGCAAUAUCUGAUGUUCAGAAGCGGGAGGAGAACUUGAAAAAUGCUUUGGGUGUUGAAAAGGAGUGUGUGCUUAAUCUAGAGAAAGCUUUACGUGAUAUCCGUUCAGAGAAUGCGCAAAUCAAAUAUACAGCUGAUUCAAAGUUGGCUGAGGCAAAAGCUUUGGUCUCUAGCGUAGAAGAGAGAUCAUUAGAUCUAGAUGCUAAGUUGCGUGCAACAGAUGCUAAGCUUGCUGAGGUGAGCAGAAAGAGCUCAGAGAUAGAGAGGAAAUCACAAGAUUUGGAGGCUCGUGAAAGUGCACUUCGAAGGGAACGUUUCUCCUUCAUCGCGGAGCAAAAGGCAGAUGAAAGUAAUUUGUCUAAGCAGAGGGAGGACUUGCGAGAAUGGGAAAGAAAAUUGCAAGAGGGAGAGGAGAGGGUGGCGAAGGGUCAAAGAAUCCUCAACCAAAGAGAGGAAAGGGCAAAUGAGAAUGAUAGGAUUUUUAAGCAGAAACAAAAGGACCUUGAAGAUGCACAAAGGAAGAUCGAUGAAACUAACACCAUUUUAAAAAAGCAAGAAGAUGAUAUUAGCAGCAGGAUAGCAAGUCUAGCACUAAAAGAGAAGGAAUAUGAUGAUUUGAGAACAAAUCUAGAGAUCAAGGAGAAGGAGUUGCUUGUGUUAGAAGAAAAACUCAAUGAUAGAGAAAGAAAUGAGAUUCAAAAGCUUACUGAUGAACAUAAUUCCAUUCUGGAUGCCAAGAAGCGUGAAUUUGAGUUGGAAAUUGAUCAAAAGAGAAAAUCGUUGGAUGAUGAAUUGAAAAACAAGGUGGUUGACUUGGAGAAGAAGGAAGCUGAAAUCAACCACAUGGAGGAGAAAGUUGCAAAACGAGAGCAAGCAUUGGAAAAGAGAUGGGAGAAGUUUAGGGAGAAAGAGAAGGACUAUGAAUCGAAAGUAAAAACCCUUAAGGAAAGGGAGAAGUCUAUCAAAUCUGAGGAGAAAAAUUUGGAAAAUGAGAAGAAAGAGAUGCUUGCUGAUAGAGAGGAACUACUUAGACUUAAGGAUGAAGUUGAGAAGUUAAAGGUUGAAAAUGAGAAGCAGCUGCAGAAAAUAGUUGAAGAAAGAGAUCGGCUUAAAGUAACUGAAGAAGAAAGGGCAGAAAACAGCCAUUUGCAGUCAGAAUUAAAGCAGGAAAUAAACAAGUAUAUGUUUCAAAAAGAACAACUUCUGAAGGAAGCUGAAGAUUUAAAGCAACAAAAGGAAAUUUUUGAGAGGGAGUGGGAAGAACUAGAUGAGAAAAGAGCUCUAAUUGAGAAGGAGCAGAAGAAUGUGAAUGAUCAGAAGGAAGAAUUUGAAAAACUGAAACACAGUGAAGAAGAAAGAUUGAAAAAUGAGAAGGCAGCAGCACAGGAUUACAUACAAAGGGAGCAGGAAGAUCUUAAAUUGGCCAAGGAAUCAUUUGCGGCCCAUAUGGAACAUGAAAGAAAGGUAUUUGCUGAAAAAUCUCAAAGCGAAAGAAGCCAAAUGCUGCAUGAUUAUGAGACACGGAAAAGAGAACUUGAGACUGAUUUGCAGAAUCGGCUGGUGGAGAUGGAAAAACAAUUGCGGGAAAAGGAGAAGUCCUUUGAGGAAGAGAAAGAGAGAGAAUUAGAUAAUAUUAAUUACUUGAGAGAAGUAGUUAGAAGAGAUAUGGAAGAGUUAAAGCAUGAAAGACUUAAAAUAGAAAAAGAAAGACAAGAGGCUGAUGCAAAUAAGGAACAUCUUGAAAGGCACCAAGUUGAAAUACGGAAAGACAUUGAAGAACUUUUUGACCUUAGCAGGAAGCUCAGGGACCAACGAGAACAUUUUAUCAAGGAGAGAGAACGCUUUAUUUCAUUUAUUGAGAAACUCAAGAAUUGUAAUAACUGUGGUGAAAUUAUCUCUGAGUUUGCGCUUUCUGAUUUACAACCUUUAGCUGAAAUUGAAGAUACAGAGGCCCUUCCCCUAUCUAAACUGGCAGCUUAUGUAAAGGGAGGUGUCCCAGGAGAUCUGGCUGAUUCUGGGAGGCAGAUAUCUCCAGUCGCUGAUUCAAAAUCACCAGUGUCUGGUGGAAUGUCUUGGCUCCGGAAAUGCACAUCAAAGAUUUUUAAGUUUUCCCCAGGAAAAAAAUUUGAGACUGAUGCUGUUCAAGAUUUUACAAAGGAGUUACCUUUAUCUGGUAAGCUAAAUAUGGAAGAGCCAUCCAAGAGAGUACAAAGCACUGAAAUUGAGGCGGAGCUCUCUUUUACUGUUGCAAGUGAUUCUUUUGAUGCCCAAGGAAAGCAAUUUGAUAACAGCAUUAGAGAGGUUGAUGCUGGUCAAGAUCCAUCAGCUGAUACUCAAAGCAACAUCAACAGCAAGGGACCAGAAGCUCCAGAAUAUUCUCAGCCUUCUGAUUUGAAGGACGUUCCUAAUAAGCCUAGUAAGAGAGGGAGGGCCAGAGUUAACAGAACACGCACUGUGAAAGCAGUUGUUAAAGAGGCUAAGUCUAUACUUGGGGAAGCUUUAGAACUAAAUGAGAGUGAGUAUCCUAAUGGGAAUGCCGAGGAUUCAGCCAAUACGAAUGCUAAAAACCAGGGCGGGCCUAGUCUUGUUGAUAAAAGAACUCCAAGAAAUGGAAGGAAGCGUACCCGUGCUCAGACAUCUCAAGUCACAGCGACUGAAAAUGAUGGGGAUGACAGUGAAGGGCGUUCUGAUAGUGUAAUAGCAGGCCAACGCAAGAAGAGGCGAGAUAAAGCAUCUCUGGCUGAGCAAGCACCUGGUGAAAGGCGGUAUAAUCUCCGCCGGCCAAAAACUAGAGCUACUGCUGCAGCUGCUGCAGCUUCACCUGACUUAAGUAAAGAAGAUGAGGAAAUGGAUGGUGGUAGAGGUACACAGGAUGAGGUUAUGUACUCUAAAGUAGUACCAACUUCUUCAGUAGGUGUGGCCAGUGAGAAUGGUGGAAGUACACACAUAGUGCAGUGUGGGGCCAUUUCUGUUAAUCAGAAUGGUGAUGACACAACAAAAAAGCCUGUUGAGAAUACAGCCUUGAGUGAAGAGGUGAAUGGAACACCUGAAGGGGCUGGGGAUUAUGAAGACUAUAGGAGUGAAUCCCACCGGGAAGAUGCUGGUAUUAUUGAAGAUGAGGAUGCCGAUGAUGAAGAGUCUGAACAUCCUGGUGAAGUCUCAAUUGGAAAGAAACUUUGGACCUUCUUCACAACAUGAUUUCAGAAUCCUGUUCCUGAUAUUGUUUUUUAGGCUUGGCUGUUAGGAUAUCUAAUGUGUAGUAGGUGUGUCGAUGAUUUAAAUUUAGCUAGAACAAUGGAAAAUAUUUUUAGUUUGGGGGGAUUAGGUUUUUGUUUGCCCUCAUCUUCUUUUAGGAUUCAGGUUAUUGGUCCUGUUUUAAUUUUUUUUUUUUGGUCUCCCCGCCAACAACGCUCUUAGAAUAUGUAGCACUAAUCAGUGCAUAUUUGACACUGGAGGUAGCAUCCUUUCAACAUUGUUUGUAUCACGUAUUUGUAUCACCUUUGUUCUGGAAUGAUUGUUUGCACUUCAUAAUC